AUGGGGGACGCGGAGCCGGAGGCUGAGGAGAGCAGCGAGGACGGCGGCGGCGGCGACCGCCGGGCUCCCCUCGGCCCGAUCGGCAGAGCCGCGCGCGUGGCCCCUCUGGGGCCCGAGCAGGUGCGGCGGGUCCUGGAGCAGGUGACGAAGGCGCAGCCGCUUGCCGCGCCGUCGCCGCCGCCGCUCUUCGUGCUGCAGGACGCAGCGCGGCGGCUGCGGGACGCGGCUCAGCAGGCCGCCCUGCAGCGGGGCCCGGGCGACGAGCCCCCGCGCCCGCCACGCCUGCUGCCUCCUCAGCAACUGGAAGCCAUCUGUGUCAAGGUAACAUCUGCAGAAACGCGAGGCCGCGAGAGACCAUUGCCUCCGCUGGCUGCCAUCCAGCCCAGAAUGGCACGGUCGAACCUGCCGCCUGGAAGGAACCACAGCCUGCUGGACCCUGGGGUCACCAGUCCUCAGCUGCUCAGGGUCCAGCCCCUGGUGAAAACUGGGCCACAGCCAUGUCACCUGAGCAGCCCACCUCAGCCUCCCGUUCAGGUGUUUCUGCAGAGACCACUGCCCACCCUCAGCCCAGUCUCUGUGAAGCGAACCGCGGCCCCCAAGGCUCCAGGUGGACAGGGAGCCACGUCGGCUCCUCCACCGGCCUCCAACCCACUGGCAUUAACGUCUCUUUCACCCAGUUCAGCAAAUGUGUUUAUUUCCAACUUGCAUACAAAACAUACUGAGAAACUGAAAAAAUCGUUAAAAGUGAAAACCCGCUCUGGACGGAUCUCUCGGCCUCCCAAGUAUAAAGCCAAAGACUACAAAUUCAUCAAGACGGAGGAUUUAGCUGAUGGCCACCCAUCAGACUCUGACGACUACUCAGAACUCAGUGUGGAGGAAGAUGAAGACCAGAGGGGAAAGGAGGCACCCUUUGACUUUUCUAGCUGCUCUCUGCGGCCCAAAACCUUUAAGUGUCAGACUUGUGAAAAGUCGUACAUAGGAAAGGGGGGGCUGGCCCGGCAUUUCAAACUUAACCCAGGCCAUGGCCAGCUGGAGGCCGUGGUGCUGCUGUCUGAGAAAGCCAAUGGGUGCAUCCCUCAGGUAUGUGCAGAGCACAGGGCCAUUGGCCCGGUCUCCCUGGAAGCGUCCGCCCCCGCCACCCUGAGUGAGGAAGGGGUCCUCUCACAGCAUGCCGCAGAGGCAGAGUCCACCCAGGCCGGACUGCAGUCUGUAGAAGUUGAAGAGGCUUUGGUGUCUGAACCAGAAAACGAAAGUUACUCAGCCCUUUGGGGACCAGGGAGACACCCAGGACCCAGAAGAGGCGGCUAUUCCAAGGUCCCUGCCAAGUCUAGUGUAGCCGCCCUCCAGCAGAGUGGAGCAGCUCAGCCGCCCGUGGACCCUGGAGCUGAAGCGGAGCAGAGUGCGGCGAGGAGCAGAGCCAGGCUGAAGGAGUUCCCCCAGCAGUGUGACCAGGAAGAUGUGGUGGAGCCGGCUCUGCCUCAGCUGACUUCGCUUGUGACCGUGUAUGAAUUUCUUCUGAUGAAGGUCGGAAGGAGUCAUCUAGCAAAGCCUUUGUUCCCAGCCGUGUAUAAGGAAUUUGAAGAGUUGCAUGAGAUGGUUAAGAAGAUGUGUCAAGAUUACCUCCGUAGUUGUGGUCCUUGUUCCCUGGAGCCCCUGGAAAUAAACAACAGUAAGGUUGCAGAGUCAUUGGGAAUCACAGAAGAGUUCCUGAGGAAGAGAGCGACACACACAGAUGGCCUUCCAGGCAGGCGCACCGGCGGAGGGACGGACAGGGCGGAGCUGGCGGAGGCUGGUGGACAAAAGCGGGAAAGUGAGAUCACAGAGGAGGUGCUGGCCUCGGUGAAAAGGACCAGAAGAGAGUCUGUGCCCAAGGAUGCCACGGAGCCUCUGGCUGCCCCCAGCAGAGGCCAGGAGAGGCCCAGGACUGAGUGUGUUCCAGCUGCCAGGGAAGGUCGUGGCCCUCAAGUCAGUGGGCACUCAUCCUGCCCCUGUGGAGAAGCCCAUCCGACGGCGGGUCCUGUCAGCAGUUGCAAUGUGCUCCCUGCCAGCCAGGAGCUGAGAGUGUUUGGUGACAUAGAUGCCCAGAGUGGGUCUGUGGGCUCGGCUCUCCUGCCUCGGGCUGCCAGUGGGCUGGCCCUUCACACUCAGCUGGCCCAGGACACUCAGGAGUGUUCAGGCCAGCGUGCUGGGGUCAGCCCAGGUGGCUCAGGCCUCUGCAGCACCCUCGUGUCCAGUGGAGGGCCAGGGUCCCUGCUGUCUGGUAGGGCCGGAAGUGCAGGGGUUGGGAACCUUGGCAGUGAGUGCACCUGCCGCCCAGAUGGCCCGCAGCCCAGCCCCAGCACUGUCACACUCACUGAUGUCGCAACCCCGCUGCCCAAGACAGCUUUGUCCCCAGAGGCUCUACAGGUAGACCAUGCCUCCACGACUGCUCCUGGGCCAGGCCCUCAGCCUGGCCUGGAUGGGUCGCAGUCAGCUGCAACGGGUCUUGAAAGCCACGUAGGGGACUGGAGCCAGUUCUCCUGUGGGGCAGAGGAGCCUGCUCAGGAGACAGAGCUGGAGAACAUUGUUGCUGUAGGUGAAGCCAUGGCUUUUGAAAUCACCAGUGGGUGCCACGAAUUGUUUUCUCAGGGACAGGAGCAGAUUUUUAUUCAAACUUCAGAUGGGCUCAUCUUAUCCCAUCCAGGUACAGUGGUGACCCGGGAGGAGGACAUUGUCAUAGUGACCGAGGCGGAGGGGUCUGCCCUGCAGAUGGGUCUGCCGCCAGAAGCUGUGGAGGCCUUCCUUGCCAUGGGGGCUGAGCCCUGUCCGUGAAACCCAGUCAGAACCACAGUCCUGUGUUUGUAUGUGUUUUUUCCGAAGGUCUAUUUCAAGCAAUGUAUAUUUUUCUAAUGUGAAUACUGACACAAAUGCACCUUUUAUUUAUAAAGAAUAAUGUCUUUCCAUCUUACUGUCUACCUUUUUCUAUAACUUGCUCAUCGUAGUAAUGGUGGAUAUGCUACCUGAUAACGAAUCCCUCCAUGCAUCUAACUCUCAGAAGAUUCUGAUGACUGUUGCAGUGAACACUGCUGCCCUGUUACCACUAUUACUUGGUUAUCUGACCUGCUCCCUGCCCCCAGAUCCAUGUCCCCUCACCUCCUCAACAACGUGCUGCUUUUUUCACCAGACUUGGUCUACACUAGAAGCUGCUUCUGGAUUCAAUAAAAAUAAUAAUAAGCUAGCCAUUCUGGGUAGCAUUUUCUCGGGAAGUGGAAAAGAAAAUUGUUUUUUUCACAGUUGGUGGGUGAGAAAAUGAGACAUGAAUAAUAGGACAAUUUUCUGGGGUUCCACAGGGAGACCAGGCUGAGUCUGCCCCGGGCCCACCACGCCUGCUGGUAAUCUGCUUAUCAAGCAUUCUUUUCCUGGAGUGUUUUUAUUGGCUAUAUUAUGGGAAAGGAGCCCUGGUGGUGAGGAGUUAAGUGUUCGGCUGCUAACCCAAAGGUUGGCAGUUUGAA